GUUUGUUUCGGUCAAACGCGUGACUCGGACUAAUGAAAAUAGUAGACGCUAAAUGGCAAAUGCCAGACGAUAAACAGAGCAGCAACGCGCCGCAACAUGACAACACAAACGGGUGAUAAUUUCCAUUCAAAUCAGAAAAUGUUCGCACCAACGACACCGGUUUGACGCGCACGUACCUAUCGGUAUGUCGGUGUGUAACAGACGCUCGCUACCGAUUUGGUGUUGUGCAAAUGCUGGUGAAAUACAAAAACAAAAUAUCGAAAAGUUAAAAAACAGAAUACCAAACAACGUUGAAUAAACCACUGGCAAAAUCAAAAAUAAACAAUAAAUAAAUAAAUAUUAGCAAUAAAAAAUAGUAAUGAUAAAUAAAAGGCGAACUAUAAAAUUGAUCAGCGAUCGCUGAGGGGAGUCCAUUGGCAGGAGAAAUGAAAUCAGUUGCUGAAUUGCGAUAACAUUGGCAGGUGGCCGAUCGGCAGCGCGGCGAGUUAGUUGUCAGUGUAUAUUCUGUAAUAUAUUAUUAUUAAUAAAUUAUUAAAUUUUUCGCGCUUUGAGCCUAUGUCGAGUCUGUGAAAAUGUGCGCGUGAUGAAGGUGAAGAUUCGACGCUGGCCACGCCUAUUGGUCAUACUCCCGCUAUUGCUGAUCACUGCCUUCUUCACCACACUGCAGUAUAUUGAGUAUGAGUAUGCGAAUUUGCAAGCUGAACACUACGGGCACACGCAGUUGUUUCCCAUGCCACAGCGUGUACCUCUAGAUUAUGUAAUGACAGGGCGUGAUUUUAUUGCCGGAACAUCGGCUAGCGAGCGCACGGAUGCGUGGGAGUUUUAUCAUUACAAUGCGGCACGCAGUGAUGUUAUUGGCGCCUUGAGGGCGUUGCCCGAUACGCGUGACGUCAGCUGCACCGCACGCCCCUAUCACUUCACCGUUCAGCAUGCACGCGUCUCCAUUGUCAUUGCGUUCCACAACGAAGCACGUUCGGCCCUCCUUCGCACCAUAUUGACGCUCUACCAUCGCACACAGCGCCGUCAUCUGCACGAGCUGAUACUGAUCGAUGACUACAGUGACGAUGGCGACCUGCUGCCCGACAUGCUCAACCUCAAGAUACCACCAUUUUUGCGGAAUUUCUCGUCUACCUCGCCUACGCCAAUGACUUUAACGAAAUCCUCCAGCUCAUAUUUUACAUCUAAUUCGCAGGCAGCACCGCCCACCAACACCUUUUCUGCUCCCACUGAAGUUACAAUUAAAACAGCGCGUAAUACGCGUCGCUCGGGCGUGAUUGCAUCACGUAAUCGUGGUGCCCGUCUUGCCACCGGCGAUUAUUUACUCUUUCUCGACAGUCAUUGCGAGGUUAAUGUGGGUUGGCUGGAGCCGCUGCUCGAGCGUUUAGCUAUUGGAGAGAUGGCUGGUGCGGCUGGUGGUGUUGCCGGGGGUGCCCCCAUCGCCGUCAGUCCCGUGCUGGACAGCAUUAACGCAGAGUCAUUGGAGUAUGCGGCGAGUUCUAAGAAUCUCAUGGGUGGUUUCGAUUGGAAUUUGCAUUUUCAUUGGAUACCGCGACCGCAAUCAACACAACAGUCACAACAGCAAGAACAGCAGCAACAGCAAGAACAUUAUCAAGCAGAAGCACAGGAGUCGUUGGCAUCUUUAAACGCAAAAACCGCAUAUUUACAGCAAUUCGGUUGGGAGCGUAAGAGAUUCAGCGAGGCGCGAAUUCAUCGCGACACAAAUACCGCCGCAACGGCAUUCAAAAGUCCCACAAUUGCUGGUGGCAUUUUUAUGAUCUCCCGGCACUGGUUUCAUAAAUUGAAUACUUGGGGAGGCGAAGCCAUUGAGUUCUCCAUUAAAUUGUGGCUUUGUGGCGGACAAAUCGAGAUUGUGCCUUGCAGCCGGGUCGGGCAUAUUUUUCGCAAAGAGCAUCCAUUUCAUUUUCCCAACGGCACCGAUAGUCAGACAACAUAUCUAAGGAACUCGAAGAUCAUUGCCGAAUCAUGGCUGGACGCCUACAAAUACUUUUUUUACGCUUCCAAACCGGCUGCAAGGCACAUACCCAUCAACAACACACACACACAGCGCAGUCAUCAGUUGAAGAGUGCACUCAAUUGCCGGCCGUUCUCUUGGUAUUUGCAGCAUGUUUUUCCGCAACUCAAACUACCCAACGAUGACUUCAUCGCUUUUGGUACCCUAAGCUCCGGCGAGCUUUGCUUGCACAUCACCAAUCCACAAGCCGUCAUCGACCGGCAGUUGCGUAUGAGUAGCUGCUUCCAAAAUGACAUUACCCAUUGGUAUCUGCAUCGUGAAAACGCACAAUUGCAAGCGAGUUCCGGUGCGUGUCUCAGCGUAGUGACCGAAAUGCCAACGAGCGCGACGAAGCUGAGAAAUUCAACGCGCUCGACACAUUUGCGUGUGGUGCUCCAGCCAUGCGUUGUCUCGGCCGAUGAACACAGUCAGCGUCCGAGGAGCGGAAAUGUAGGCGCGGCGCGGAAACGAGCGCUGAGUCAACGUUGGCUGCGUCGUGGCGGCUGGUUGGUGCAUCAACAGACUCAGUUAUGUCUUGAUAAUCCGCUAAGCGAUGUGGUGGUCGUCAGUCAUUGUCGAAAUGCAGCGCCGUCACAGCUUUUUCGUUUCGCCAUGGAGUUGCAACGGUUAUAGGUGGCUGGAGAAGGCGACAUGAAGCGGCAGAGGACGAGCUAAUUUUUUGGCCCACCGGUGAUUGUGUAUGCCUUGGAGUUGGCUGAAAAAGUGUUAAUGGAGUUGCAGUGAGUUGACUAAGAUUGAGCUGAAAAAAAUAAAAGAUAUACGUGUAUGCUGUUGA